AGCGUGUAAUUUUUUUACCAAUUGAUAAUGGUGGUAGUCGACGUACGUGGCUGAUAGUAACUUAUAUUAUGGUUUUUUCAUUAGUUUCUGCUAUAUAAUUAUAAAAAUGUCCGACGCAAUUGUGCCUAAGGGUCAGCCGAUUCCAGGCGACCCAGAGAAGAAAGGGUGGCUUUUUAAAUGGACCAAUUACUUGAAGGGUUACCAACGAAGAUGGUUCGUUCUUUCAAAUGGAUCGUUAUCUUAUUACAGGAACCAAGCGGAGAUGGUGCACACCUGCCGCGGCAUGAUCUCCCUUCUCGGCGCGCUGAUCCACACCGCGGACUCGUGCACCUUCGUGAUCAGCAACGGCGGCACUCAGACCUUCCACAUCCGCGCGCACGACGAGGUGGAACGCCAGAGCUGGGUCACUGCCCUCGAGCUCGCGAAGGCGAAAGCUAUGUUAGUAAGAGCACAAGAAUCAGACGAUGAUGAAGACCAGAUGUCAUCCGGCGCUGCGGUGGCGGGGGGACCGGAGGGUGAAGGCGAGGACGCGGGGGGGAUCGCGCGGGAGUUGGGCGCGAGGUUUCACGACCUUCGGACGUGUUCCGAGCUCGUGGCGAGGCAUGGCGCGGCGCUGCAGAGGUCCCUUGUGGACCUUGAGAUACCGCCAACGGACAACACUAAGCAGGUGUCCGAAAGAGCCACGUUGUUCAGGAUAUCCUGCAAUGCUAUGAUGAAUGCUUGUUCGGAGUUCAUGAACGCGGCGGCCGCCUCGAGCGCCCGCAUGAACCGCGCGUUGCAGCAUGAAAGGGAACAAAAGAUGAGGUUGCAGGAGAUCGUGGAACAGCUGGCCCGACAGCACGACAAUCUCGAGAAGACCGUCACAGGGCGCUCCACGGCCAAUUCUGGUGGGACCGGGUCAGGGCAAGGUAACGACACAGAGGAUGAGGAUCAUGAGUUCUUCGAUGCCAUGGAAGAAGGUGUCUCUACAACCAGAGAUGAUAAGACUUCAUUUGUAAUGAAAGUGCCUGUAAAUAGGAAAAAUAAAGUUAAAGCCGGAGAAAGCUCUGAUGAGUCGGAGGGUGAGACUGUGACGGAAACGCAACAGGUAUUAUUCUUGGAAGACAAGGAGCGUGCAGAAGCCGCCAUGGGCGGACCGGAGGCGACCGCCUCUAAGGCUGGCGCAGUCGAACAGAAAAUAUGGCCCCACGUGUCGCAAGUGACCAACUCGACGGUGGACGGGCACCCGCGCCGGACCCGCGUGCCCGACAAGCCCAACUACCCGCUCAGUUUGUGGUCCAUCAUGAAGAACUGUAUAGGCAAAGAGCUCUCGAAGAUUCCGAUCCCUGUGAACUUCAGCGAGCCGCUAUCGAUGCUGCAGAGGCUGGUGGAGGACUACGAAUACUCAAGUAUACUGGACCGGGCCGCUCAGUUCUCGGACCCCGCGCAGCAGCUGGCCUACGUGGCCGCCUUCACUGUGUCUUCCUACGCCACUACAUCUUGCAGAACGAACAAGCCGUUCAACCCGCUGCUGGGCGAGACGUACGAGUGCGACCGCAUGGCCGACCUCGGCUGGCGCGCCAUAUCUGAGCAGGUGUCUCACCACCCGCCGAUGGUGGCGCAGUUCUGCGAGGGGCAGGCGGGCUGGCAAUGCUGGCAGGAGUUCACCAUGACCACCAAGUUCCGCGGGAAGUACCUCCAGGUCGUGCCCCUGGGGUCCGCCUCCGCCAUGUUCCGCAGCUCCGGGAACAAGUACAUGUGGAGGAAGGUGACGACGACAGUGCACAACAUCAUAGUGGGCAAGCUGUGGGUGGACAACCACGGCGACAUGGACAUCGUGGGCGAGGCGGGCCCGGCCAAGGGCUACGUGGCGCACCUCAAGUACCAGCCCUACAGCUACUUCAGCAAGGACACGCAGAGGAAAGUUACCGGCAUCAUCAAGGAUCCUGAUGGAGUGCCGCGGUACGUGCUGCAAGGCUACUGGGACAGCAAGGUGGAGGUGGCGCCGGUGACGUCGGCGUCGCCCGACAACACCGUGUGCAAGACCGGCAAGUUCUGCGUCGCCUGGGAGCGCGUGCCCGCGCCGCCCGACUCCGACAAGUGGUACUACUUCACACUACUGGCGGCGCAGCUGAACGAGCUCGAGAACGGCGUCGCGCCCACAGACUCGCGGCUGCGCCCUGACCAGCGCCUCAUGGAGGAGGGGCUCUGGAACGAGGCCAACGCGGAGAAGCUGCGCCUCGAGGAGAAGCAGCGCGCCAAGCGGCGGCAGAUGGAGGCCGAGGCGGAGGCGGCGGCCGCCAGCGGGGCGCCGCCCGCGCCCGCGCCCGCGCCCGCCUGGUUCUCGCGCGAGGCCGAGCCCGGCCAGCCGCACCUGCGGCACCUCUACAACCACCGCUACUGGGAGAGCAAGGAGCGCCAGGACUGGAGCGCGUGCCCCGACAUCUAUUAGGACCGCUACCUCCCUACUAGUUUCCUUCUGACCCUCACAAGGAUGUAAAUAUCGUUUCGUUCGUUUAGUUUGUCGUGGCCUAAUAACGAAAUAGCUUUACGAUACCUCACUAACCGAAUCGCGUACAACGAAGUCGCUCUCGCUGUACCGGAAUUAAGUGUAAAAUAGCGUUCGAGGUUAAGUUGAUGCGUCUUAAAUUACGAAGUGAAAUGAAUGCGAGAGACGCUGUUGGUCCGAUGAUAUUAAUGUGGAAGAUUAGGAUAAACGAAAUGUUGUGACUUGUGUUGCGUGUCAUUCCCGUUCGAUCCCGAGUCUCGGUCGCGGUCCUCAAUCACUGAAAUUAAAAUGUCAGGUGCUUAUAAUAAUAGAUUUCAAUUUUGUAAAGCUUCGUCACGCUACUAAUAAUAUGUAUAGAAAAUGACAAAAUAUUGAAUUAUAACGGGCAUUAAAAGUAGCUCUUUACGUCCAAUUAAUGAAAUGACAAAAUCGUAAACUAUCUUUAAUGCCUUAUGGUAGGAGCAAUGUAAGUGUUAAAAUAUACAAGUUGAUAUCAAAGUACAAUCGUUUGUAACGAAUGUAUUUGUGAUUGUAAUGAAGUGACCGGCGACUGAUUUACUGUUGAUAACAACUUGUAGUGCUCUAGAAUAUUUUGUAAGAUCUAUUACAAAGUGUACAUUUUCAAGUGGAUGUAAGAUAUUUGUUAAUAUUUUUAUUAUUAUAAUAGAAUAAUAUUUGAAUACAAAGCCAUAACAUCUGUAUCAUGUUGAUGAUUAUUAUGAAAAUAAAAUAUAAUUGCGCAGUAUGA